AUGGCUCCGAGACAUAUCAAGAAGCCCAGUGCCGCCACUUCAAAUGGCACUGCCCCAGCUCCGUCGGUAGACGUUCCCAACGUUGUUCGAGGGGUCAUCAACGACAUCUCGGCCAACGGUGACGCUGCUGUCCGCUUAUACAGCCAGAAUUUUGAUAAGUGGGAGCCCAAGUCGUUCAAACUGUCAUCAGAUCAAAUCCAGGAUAUCAUUGCAAAAGUCGAUCCUCAGACCAUCAAAGACAUCAAGACGGUCCAGCAGAAUGUGAGGAGAUUCGCACAGGCGCAGAGAGACAGCAUACGGGAUUUUGAGAUUGAAAGCGAGCCGGGUGUAUUCCUUGGACAAAAGAACAUCCCUAUCGAGACAGUUGGCGCCUACAUACCGGGUGGCCGGUACCCCCUUUUGGCCUCAGCACACAUGACCAUUCUGACUGCAAAGGUCGCGGGCGUUCCCCGCGUAAUCGGGUGCACCCCUCCCAUCGCUGGUCAGAUUCCCAGCGCUACCGUUGCAGCGAUGCAUCUUGCCGGCUGUGAUGAGAUCUUCAUUCUCGGCGGCGUUCAGGCUGUCGCGGCCAUGGCUUUGGGAACCGAGACCAUAGCGAAGGUCGACUUCAUCGCCGGUCCCGGUAACGCAUUCGUCGCUGAAGCCAAGCGUCAGUUGUACGGCGAGGUUGGCAUCGAUCUUGUGGCAGGCCCCACUGAGAUUCUCAUUGUCGCCGACGAGUACGCGGACCCAAUGACUGUUGCGACAGACUUGGUCUCUCAAGCCGAGCAUGGUCCAGACACCCCGGCGGUUCUCAUCACGUCUUCUCAAGAAGUGGCAGAGAAGACUAUCCGCUACGUGGAUGCAUGCCUGGAGCAUCUAUCAACCAAGGGCAUUGCUGCUGUUAGCUGGAAAGAUCACGGCGAUGUGAUUGUCGUCGAUGACUUGGAUGAGGCUUAUAAGGUCGCCGAUACCUUUGCUUCGGAACAUGUCCAGAUACUCACACGAGAGCCGCGAGAAGCCCUACAGAAGAUGAAACAAUACGGCGCCCUCUUCUUGGGUGAGAAAACAUGUGUCAGCUACGGUGACAAGUGCAUUGGAACAAACCAUGUUUUGCCAACGAGAAAGGGGGCUCGCUACAGUGGCGGCCUUUGGGUUGGAAAGUAUCUCAAGACAUGCACUUAUCAAGAGGUCGUCAGUGAGAAGGCCAGCGGUGAGCUGGGGCGGCUUUGUGGUCGCGCUGCUCGGGCCGAGAAUUUCGAAGCUCAUGCUCGUUCUGGUGAUCUUCGGGCGUCGACGUAUCUGAAAGACUCCAUUUCGUGGAUCAAGACUGCAGAGGAUGAUGUCCGAGCUUAA